AGCUAUCGUUUCAUUAUCUGUCAAUUUCAGCGUUAGCACAAUAUGUCUGGAAGCAUGUCCUCUGUGUUUUCUCUGCUGUAUCUGCUGUCUGUCUGCUCGGCCUGUUACAUCUCCAACUGCCCCAUCGGUGGUAAACGCUCCAUACAGGAUUCGCCCUCUCGACAGUGUAUGUCGUGUGGCCCGGGGGAUCGCGGCAGGUGUUUUGGUCCCAGUAUCUGUUGUGGUGAGGGUCUAGGCUGUCUGCUGGGCUCUCCGGAGACUCUUCGUUGUCAGGAGGAGGAUUUUCUGCCCUCCCCUUGUGAGGUCGGUGGGAAAAUGUGUGGUUAUGGGGGCCGCUGUGCUGCUCCAGGAGUCUGCUGUGACUCAGAGGGCUGCAGCAUGGAUCAGUCAUGUGUUAAUGGUGACGCUACAGCCUUCGGUCAAUCUGAUCUACUGCUGAAACUACUGCACCUGUCAAACCACGCCCACCCUUACAGACUCCACCAAUGACAUCAGAGUGACAUCAUCUCAGGAGACCACCAGCCAAUCAGAAUAAUUCUUGAAGACCUUCGCAGACCUUUUGUACACAAACCUUGUAUAGCUGAUAGAUAUGUGCAUGGCUAAUACAGAUAUUAACUGUAUUGAUAGUAUUGACUGUGCAGCUCUUAAAGUUUGAGAGAAUUUAUCAGUGUAUUUGUGUCACUGAUACAAAUUCAAGCCACUGUGAAUUCAUAAAUAAAUAACUGU